CACGCCCUUAACUUUGGAGCCACACCGCCCGCAGGGAGUCGCUACGUGACGGGCCUCAGUUCCUCGUCCCUUCCGCUACAAACAACCACCAGCAGUGGGAGGGAGGGGCCAGGGUGAGGACAGACAAGCCGGAUAAGGGAGUCGAGAAGGCGGGCUUUUUCGCACCCGCCUGCCGCCUGUCGAGCUCCGCACGGAUACUCCAUCCACCUGCUCGGCUGCCGGCUGGCCGGAGGGCAGGCACUCAACUCGGCAUGGACGCGCUGAAGAACGCCGGAAGAGCCAUGAUCAAGAGCCCCGGAGUACCGCGGCACACAUGGGGAACUUCCAAACACCAAAAGCUUCCAGAGAAUUGGACAGACACCAAGGAGACUCUUCUUGAGGGGAUGGCGUUCAACCUCAAGUACCUGGGAAUGACGCUGGUGGUCCAGCCCAAAGGGGAGGACAUGGCCUCCACUGCCAUCCGCAGGAUCGUUACCAUGGCCAGAGCGGGCCCUAAGAAGUUCCGCAAAGUAACGCUGAUGGUCUCGCCGAAAGGCAUCGUCAUCACCGACACCGACACUGCGGCUCUUAUUGAGAACGUCUCCAUCUACAGAAUCUCGUACUGCACAGCUGAUAAAAGUCAGGACAAAGUGUUUGCGUACGUCUCCCAGAGUCAGUUCAACGAAACCCUGGAGUGUCACGCCUUCCUCUGCCAGAAGAAGAAGAUUGCCCAGGCUGUGACAUUAACAGUGGCACAGGCCUUCAAAGUAGCUCUGGAUCUUUGGGAGAUGUCCCAGGAAGACAAAAGUAAGAAGGCAAGAAGCGCAUGUUGUUCCUGUGCAGCCGCCGAUCAUGAGACAACAGUCAGUCAGUGUGUUUCAGCAGACCCGAAUGCGUGCUCGUCCGUGGGCGUGGACACGAAGCUUCGUCGUCCCUUCCUGUCCACCUUCAUCAGCUCCCUGUCGCCUUGCAGCAGCCCGGCUAGAAGGCGACCAAUCCAACAUGACUCCUGGGAUGUGGAUGACGGAGCGGAUGACGCAAUCUCAAGCAGCAUGGAAGUAGAAGACUCAUGCACCGAUCCGACUUCAGACCCGUCAAUGCAGCUCUGAGGAGGUUCACAUGAGAACAUGAAAGACGCUUCCUGCAGGAAGAGACAAAAGCGAACCGGAACCAAUAAGCGGUGUCCGUCUGGACCCAAAAAGGAACAGUCACACCUGCAGGGACGCCCCACAGCGUUCUUUGGACCGGUAUACUACUUUUGGCUGGACCACUUCUCAAAGUGUCAUAAAUCAUCUUUGCAAGCAAAAACAAAACUUUUCCUCAACUUACUUCUGUAAUGACAUCUUUUAGGCAGAAGCAAAACAAGAGUGUUAUUGUGGGAUGCCGACAAUGCAGAGAAAGAACAUGGAAGUGAGACUUACUAAAAGUUGUGCUUCAGGCGGCCGCUCCACAGUGUUGUCUUACCCUGUUCUAUUUUUGUUUUCAGUUGUCCUCUUGUUGUGUCUUACUAUGUUCUAUAUUUGCUUUCAGGUGGCUGCUCCACAGUGUUGUCCUCCCAUGUUUUAUUUCUGUAUCCAGGUGUCCGCUCAACAGUGUUGUGUCCUACCAUGUUCUAUUUUUGUUUUCAGUUGUCCACGCCACAGUGUUGUCCUCCUAUGUUCUAUUUUUGUUUUCGGGUGGCCGUUCCACAGUUUUGUGUUCUCCAUGUUCUAUUUUUGUUUUCAGGUGGCCACUCCAUAGUGUUGUCAUACCAUGUUUUAUUUUUAUUUUCAGUUGUCCACUCCACAGUGAUGUCCUCCCAUGUUCUAUUUUUGUUUUCAGGUGGCCGCUCCAUAGUUUUGUGUCCUCCCAUAUUCUAUUUUUGUUUUCAAUUGUCCACUCCACAGUGUUGUCCUCCCCAUGUUCUAUUUUUGUUUUUAAGUGGCCGCUCCACAGCUUUGUGUCCUCCCAUGUUCUAUUUUUGUUUUCAGUUGUCAACUCCAGUGUUGUGUUCCCAUGUUCUAUUUUUGUUUUCAGGUGGCCGCUCCAUAGUUUUGUGUCCUCCCAUGUUCUAUUUUUGUUUUCAGGUGGCCGCGCCCUAGUGUUGUCCUCCCAUGUUCUAUUUUUGUUUUUCAGUUGGUCGCUCCAUAGUGUUGUCCUCCCAUGUUCUGUUUUUGUUUUUAGGUGGCCGCUCCACAGUUUUAUGUCCUCCCAUGUUCUGUUUUUGUUUUCAAUUGUCCCAUUUCACAGUGUUGUCCUCCCCAUGUUCUAUUUUUGUUUUUAAGUGGCCGCUCGACAGCUUUGUGUCCUCCCAUGUUAUAUUUUUGUUUUCAGUUGUCAACUCCAGUGUUGUGUUCCCAUGUUCUAUUUUUGUUUUCAGGUGGCCGCUCCACAGUAAUGUCCUCCCAUGUUCUAUUUUUGUUUUCAGGUGGCUGCUCCAUAGUUUUGUGUCCUCCCAUGUUCUAUUUUUGUUUUCAAUUGUCCACUCCACAUUGUUGUCCUCCCCCUGUUUUUUUUUUUAAACUGGCCGCUCCACAGCUUUGUGUCCUCCCACGUUCUAUUUUUGUUUUAAGUUGUCUACUCCAGUGUUGUCCUCCCAGGUUCUAUUUUUGUUGUCAGGUGGCCGCUCCCUAAUGUUGUCAUACCAUGUUGUAUUUUUAUUUUCAGUUGUCCACUCCAGUGAUGUCCUCCCAUGUUCAAUUUUUGUUUUCAGGUGGCUGCUCCACAGUUUUAUGUCCUCCCAUGUUCUAUUUUUGUUUUCAACUGUCCACUCCACAGUGUUGUCCUCCCCAUGUUCUAUUUUUGUUUUCAGUUGUCAACUCAAGUGUUGUGUUCCCAUGUUCUAUUUUUGUUUUCAGGUGGCCACGUCACAGUUUUGUGUCCUCCCAUGUUCUAUUUUGGUUUUCAGGUGGCCGCUCCAUAGUUUUGUGUCCUCCCAUGUUCUAUUUUUGUUUUCAGGUGGCCGCUCCCUAGUGUUGUCCUCCCAUGUUCUAUUUUUGUUUUUCAGUUGGUCGCUCCAUAGUGUUGUCCUCCCAUGUUCUCUUUUUGUUUUCAGGUGGCCGCUCCACAGUUUUAUGUCCUCCCAGGUUCUAUUUUUGUUUUCAAUUGUCCACUCCACAGUGUUGUCCUCCCCAUGUUCUAUUUUUAUUUUCAGUUGUCAACUCCAGUGUUGUGUUCCCAUGUUCUAUUUUUGUUUUCAGGUGGCCGCUCCACAGUUUUGUGUCCUCCCAUGUUCUAUUUUUGUUUUCAGGUGGCCGCUCCAUAGUUUUGUGUCCUCCCAUGUUCUAUUUUUGUUUUCAGGUAGCCGCUCCACAGUGUUGUGUCCUCCCAUGUUCUAUUUUUGUUUUCAGGUGGCCGCUCCAUAGUUUUGUGUCCUCCCAUGUUCUAUUUUUGUUUUCAGGUAGCCGCUCCACAGUGUUGUGUCCUCCCAUGUUCUAUCUUCGGGCUGACAUAUUCUAAUGCAUUUAAGUAAGACUAUUUCUACUGUAAAUGACAUCCUAAUCCAACACGAUCACUUUCACAGCAGCGUGUUUUCUACUUAUGCGAGAAAAUCUGAUCAUGUGUUGCAAAAAAAAAAAAAAGACCACCUGUAGUUUAUACUCUGACAUCACAAUAAAUUAAUUUUUAGCACA